AUGAACCUCUACGCCGUUCUGUGGGUCGGCCUUGCAGUUCUUGCGUCUGUGCAAGCCCAAGACGGGUCUCACAGUCAAAUGCAAUCGUCGCAAGGCGAUGUCGGCUCCCCUGAAUCAAAGACUGCAUCCCAAGCGCAGGGUCCUAUUGAAAACCCAAAACGAACCAUAAAGUACAUUGACUUCAGCAAGUUGACCCAAGCACCGUCGGCCACCGUUCCUCGAAACGUGACAAAAGGUCCGACGAGGCCGGAUCCUCGCCAAGAACCGCCGACUCCAAAACCUACACCAGCCCCAGCUUCCGCCCCUACUGCUGCCCCAACGCCUGCUCCGACCCCAGCUCCAACGCCGGACCCUGGCCCAUGGGUGACAAAAACAAUUGGCCAUGACGAUGUGAAAUUGUUCCCUCAGCCCGAACCUGUCACGAUCUCCGAGAAGGCCGGCGUCAAGUUCAAACCUCAGAUUCAAAUCCGUACUGGAUGCGUACCUUACCCUGUCGUGAACGAAUUGGGGGAGACUAGCGGCGGUCUUCAAACUUCUGGAAACUCCAGAGGUGGAUGCAGAGGCUCCGGCCACGGUUCUCAGGUCUACGGCCGCUCGACGUGGAUGGAAGGCGUCUGGGCCAUCAUGUACUCAUGGUACUUUCCCAAGGAUUUUCCAUCGUCUCGCAUGGGCCACCGUCACGACUGGGAGCACGCGAUUGUGUUUAUUGACAAUCCCGAGGUGGCGGAACCCAAGAUUCUUGCCUGCUCAGUGUCAUCCCACGACGGCUACAAGAAGUACAACCCUUGUCCGUCAUACGUUAUUGACGGCACCAGUCUCAAGGUCCGAUACAAGCACGCCUGGCCAUUGAACCACGACCUUGAUACCACCGGCGACGCUGGUACAUUCCAAGAUCUUAUUAUGUGGGACCAGAUGUCGAAUGAUGCCCGCAGGGCUCUUAAUUCAGUUCACUUUGGCAAGGCCAACACGCCGUUUAACGACGGCAAUUUCCGCCCGAAACUCGAGAAGGCCUGGCCCUUCAAAAACAAAUUCACCGUAGCAAGGUGGAUAAAACCCAGAGAAAAUGAAAUCUCAACAUCAGCCGUUACCAACAAAGCCGACGGUUUUGCUUGCAUUCUCAUCCAAAUGAAAAGGCUCUUCCGAACAUAA